AUGCUACUGGAUCCCCAGUCCCUUCAACAGUAUGGUACAAAGAUGGUCAAGAACUGGCAGGAAGGAACUCUAGUUAAACCAGAAAUCCAACACAAACCGACAAACCAGAUUGUCAUACAAGGAAACACAACAUAUUUUUAUUGUAAUGCCACUGGAGUACCUGAGCCCGCGAUAUCAUGGAGAUUCAGCGGUAGUUCAACUCCCAAACACACUGGGAACAAACUCGUGAUGCACAACAUACGAAAUACUGGAGAAUACGAAGGAAGGUAUACAUGUAUUGCAAGCAGCAGGGCUGGGAAAGCAGAAGAAUCUGCAUCGCUAACUGUACUUGUUCCACCAUCAAAAAAUGAUGAUUUGCCCCAAGGUGUCAUGCUACAGCUGGGACAAACCCUUGGACUAACGUGUGAUGUGUAUGGAGAUCCUGAACCAUCUUUUGUAUGGACGAAAAGACUAGAAGGGGGAAAAAAACGGGAAACGUUAGCUGAUCAGAAGAAAGCCGAGUUAGUUAUCCAAGACGUGCGUAUCGGAGAUGCUGCGUAUUACGAAUGUACAGCAAACAACAGUGUUGGCAACAUAACACUUAAUGAAGUUUUUAUUGAUGUCGACA